AUGGCAUAUGACAGGUACAUUGCCAUCUGCAAGCCACUGCAUUAUGGGAUAAUAAUGAACAGAAGAGCUUGCAUCCAGAUGGCUGCCUGUGCUUGGGCUGCUGGUGCCAUGAACUCUGCCCUGCAUGCUGGCACCACCUUUAGUCUCCCCUUCUGCCACUCAAAUACCAUCAACCAGUUCUUCUGUGAAGUGCCCCAGCUACUCAAACUCUCCUGCUCUGACACAUACCGCAGAGAGCUGGCAGCAAUUGUCUUGAAUAUAUUUUUAGCAUUAGGCUGUUUUGUUUUCAUCGUUGUGUCGUAUGUUCAGAUCUUCACCGCAGUGUGGAGAAUCCCCUCGGAGCAGGGCCGGCAGAAAGUCUUCUCCACCUGCAUUCCUCAUCUUAUCGUGGUCUCCCUGUUUCUUUCCACUGCUGUCAUUGCCCACUUGAAGCCCGUCUCUGACUCCCCGUCCCCUCUGGAUCUCCUGGCAGCUGUUCUGUAUUGUGUGGUGCCUCCAUUGAUGAAUCCGGUCAUCUACAGCAUGAGGAACAAGGAGAUCCAAGCUGCCCUCAAGCAACUGCUCCACAGGCUGAUCCGCUCCACGAACAAUAUGUCUAUCUUUCUUUCAUGA